CACCGCCAGAUAACGGGUGCAGGCAGCUAGCUAGCUAACCAUGGCCGCCUCUCCCUCUUGCAUUUCUCUUGUGGUGCUCGUGGCUCUGGCCACGGUGGCGUCUGCGCAGCUGUCCCCGACGUUCUACAGCGCGUCGUGCCCCGGGGCGCUGGCCGCCAUCAAGAGCGGCGUGACGGCCGCCGUGAGCAGCGACCCCCGCAUGGGCGCGUCGCUGCUCAGGCUGCACUUCCACGACUGCUUUGUCCAGGGCUGCGACGCCUCUGUUCUUCUGUCAGGCAACGAGCAGAACGCGGGCCCGAACGCGGGCCCGAACGCGGGCCCGAACGCGGGCCCGACACGUCAAUGAAUAAGUCCCCGGAAGCAGUAGCCAAGACCAAUUAUAGCACUUAGCAACCCUACCCGGUCAUGGGCUACUCGGUGCAUGCUGUGGUGCUUGAAGACCUCAAGUUUGAAAUGCGCACCGGGUUUUCCAAGCCUGAGGUUCAGGCAUGCUGGAGAGAUGCAAACAGCGCCGCCCAUGCACUAGCUAAACUAGGCCUGUAAUGUAUUGGUGCCCAUGCAUGCUUUAAUGUGGGAGUAUGAUUACUGUCCAGCGGUUGUUGCUGAUCAUGUAAUGGGUCUUAAUAUAGCUUUGGUAGAUCAAUUAUGUACCAGCACUUGAAACGUGUAUUUUUAGAAACCGC